UAUUUUUAAUUAAGCUGGGUUCUUUUCAGAAGGUUUUAGUUGUUUGGAAAUUCAUUUUAGUCAAAAAAUUUCGUUUCUACUUUUAAUUUUUUGGAAAAAAGUGUGGGAAUACAUAGUAAAAGUAAUUUCAUGAAAGGAAAGUGUGCUUACAGAAAAUUUUAGGCCUUUACUACUUUUGUGAAUAUGGUCUUAUGGCACAAAAUAAAUGUAUGAUAUGUGCAACGCACAGCAUAGUUUUGCCUGUAUUUGAUUGUUUCGUGCUGUUUAUGUCGAGCAAAUCAACUGAAGCUUAAAAGUGAUUGUUUUUAAAAAGCUUGGAAACAAUAGAUGGAAGUCGGCAAGAAAAGAUUUACUCUUUUGCACUUGGAUAUUUUUAACGCUGUAUUAAGACAUAAAGGUAGUCGGAUGCCUGGUGUAAGAAAUACGGAUAGACGCCGAUCUCAAAAUAUUUCUUCAACUUCUUCGUUAGCUCCACGCGUUGUUCUCUCACGGUUGGAACCAAGAGAAUUUGAGCGUUUAAAACUAUCAUACAAAGUAGCCCUUAUUGACCAAAGAAAAACUAGAGGCUGCCGUGGUAUGAACAUGGGUCAAAAAAUAAGUGGAGGUGCAAAAUCAGUCAACCGAAAUGAUUCACAGGCGAACUUUAAACCAAUAAUACCACGAGAACUUGCAGCAGAUUUUGUUAAACCCACAAGAUUAGAUAUUUUGCUGGAUAUGCCACCAGCAAGUAAAGAAGUUCAAUUGAAACAUUCGUGGAACUCGGAAGACAGAUCAUUAAAUAUAUUUGUAAAAGAAGAUGAUAAAUUAACAUUUCACAGACAUCCUGUAGCUCAGAGCACGGAUUGUAUACGCGGUAAAGUAGGUCUUACGAAAGGCCUCCACAUAUGGGAAAUAUAUUGGCCCACUCGACAAAGAGGUACACAUGCCGUUGUUGGUGUAGCAACAAGUGAGGCGCCUUUGCACUCAGUCGGUUAUCAAAGCUUAGUGGGGUUGUCAGAUCAAAGUUGGGGUUGGGACUUAGGAAGAAAUAAACUAUACCAUGAUUCUAAAAAUUGUGCUGGAAUUACAUAUCCAGCCAUACUUAAAAAUGAUGAAGCUUUUUUAGUCCCGGAUAAGUUUCUAGUUGCUUUGGAUAUGGACGAAGGUACUUUAAGCUUUAUUGUUGAUCAACAAUACCUCGGAGUUGCAUUUAAGGGACUUAAAGGAAAAAAACUUUAUCCCGUUGUUUCUGCUGUUUGGGGCCAUUGCGAAAUUACAAUGACAUAUAUUGGUGGUUUAGAUCCUGAACCUCUGCCAUUAAUGGAUCUCUGUAGAAGAACAAUUCGCCAAAAAGUAGGACGUACACAUUUAGAAGAGCGUAUUCAAGAGCUGCAACUUCCACUCUCUAUGAAGAAGUAUCUACUGUACAAAAAUCGAAGAUAAUAUCUUAAUAUAAUGACUUAAGAAUUAAUUAUACUUAAAGUAACUUUAUUGUCAAAUAUGAUCGUUAAAGCUGCAGAUGUUGCCACUAAGACGCGUAAGAUCUCCAAAAAUUUGAUCAAUUUACAAUAACAAACGUAUUAAGUGUAAUUAUAGCAUUCUUUACUUUGACGCAAAUUACAGACUCGUAUUAAAACAAUAUCUUUUUUUUCGUAUUAGAUAAGCCUAAAAUAAAAAGUAUCUGGAACUUAAGAUUUUUAUUUACUGUGUAAGAAAGCUUUUAGUAUAGCAUAAAUAAAAAGAGGUAGGCAUGUUUAAGAUUGUUCAUUUCCCUUAUAUAAUAAAUUCAUAUAUACAUAUUUUCCUUGCAGCAAACGCAAUAAUUGUAAUAAUUUAUAUAGAGAUGUCAAUGGACACCAUUAAUAUGAUAAGAAUUAUCAGUAAAAAAUUAUGUAACGGUACUAAAAAUGUAAGCUCUUUAUUGACGAUCAUAUGUUUGUUUAAUAAUAUACUUUCUGAUACAGUAAUAUAGAUAUUUGCAUAUUUUUCAA